CUACUAAGUAUUAGAGUUGCCACUUUCUUCUCACUUUCUCAAAGAAAACAGAAACAGAAGAUAACACAACAUACUCAUUCUGUAAACAACUAAGGCAUAUUACGAGGUUUAUCAUUCUUGUCUUCUUGGUUUUUUCAUACACAACAAAGACAAGUUCUGCUCAGAGCAAUGCUAUUCCUCCCCAUUUUCAUCAUCUGCUCUUGUUUCCUUGCAUACCCGGCUAUUGCCAAGUAUCAAAAAGAUGAUCCUGUCACUCUAUGGAUAAACAAGGCCGGACCAUAUGAAAACCCACAAGAGACCUACAGUUAUUAUAGCCUGCCGUAUUGUCCUCCUGCUCAUGUUGAUCACAAGCGGGGUGGCCUUGGCGAAUCUCUAGGAGGAAAUGAUCUUAUUGAUAGCCGGAUUGACAUAAAGUUUAAGAGAGAUGUGGAGAAAAGAUCAAUUUGUGAACUUAAAUUGGAUGGAUCAAAAAUAGCACAGUUUAAGUAUGCAAUUGACAACUUGUAUUGGUUUGAAUUUUUUAUGGAUGAUUUGCCAAUAUGGGGUUUUGUUGGCGACGAGUAUCCUUACAGAAAUGGAGAUAUCAAGCAUGUAAUCUAUACACACAAGAAUCUUCAUAUUCAGUACAAUGGAGACCAGGUCAUUUCUGUCAACCUCUCUCAAGAGAGCCCAAAGCCAUUGGAAGAAGGAAGGGUCUUGGACAUGACAUAUUCUGUUAAAUGGAACCUGACAAACGUUAGUUAUGCCGAACGUUUCAAUGUUUACCUGAAUUACAACUUUUUUGAGAACGAGAUUCAUUGGUUCUCUGUUGUCAAUUCUAUCAUGAUGGUUAUUUUCCUCACUGGAUUAGUGUCUAUGACUUUGAUGCGCACUCUUCGCAAUGAUUACGCAAAAUAUGCUCGUGAAAAUGAUGAUAUGGAGACUCUGGUAGAUUUUUUCCUUCCAAUUAAUCAAGAAAGGGAUGUAAUUGAAGAGUCUGGUUGGAAACUUGUCCAUGGUGAUGUUUUCCGACCUCCACAAAAUCUGGCUCUGCUUUCAGCAGUUGUUGGGACCGGUGUUCAGCUUGCAACACUUGUUCCCCUUGUCAUUAUAUCUGCCUAUUCUCGAAUGAUGUACAUAGAGAGAGGCGCAAUUAUUACAACCUUUAUUGUAUGUUAUGCUAUUACAUCAUUCAUCUUGGGAUAUGUGAGUGGUGGCCUGUACUCUCGUAACGCUGGUGAAAACUGGAUAAAGUCGAUGGUCCUUACAGCAUCACUUUUCCCCUUUUUGUGCUUUGGGAUAGGGUUCAUUCUAAACACCAUUGCCAUAUGUUAUGGAUCCACAGCUGCUAUUCCCCUUGCCUCAAUCAUAGUUGUUUUUGGUAUCUGGGCUUUUAUUUCGUUGCCCCUGGCCCUCAUAGGUACUGUUGUUGGAAGAAACUGGAGCGGUAUGCCAAACAAUCCAUGCCGUGUUAAGAAUAUCCCUCGUCCUAUCCCUGAGAAGAAAUGGUACCUUAGACCAUCUGUUAUUUCUCUGCUGGGAGGUGUUCUGCCCUUUACAAGCAUUUUUAUUGAGAUGUAUUUCGUCUUCUCUUCCUUCUGGACCUACAGGGUGUACUACUAUGUGUAUGGGUUUAUGCUCCUCGUAUUCAUUGUUCUGAUCAUUGUCACUAUUUGUGUGACAAUCGUGGGAACAUACUUCUUGCUGAACACGGAGAACUAUCAUUGGCAGUGGACUUCAUUCUUCUCUGCUGCUUCCACUGCUCUAUAUGUCUACCUAUAUGCUAUUUAUUACUAUCAUGCAAAGACUAGGAUGUUUGGUCUCUUCCAGAGCAGCUUUUACUUUGGCUACACUCUUAUGUUCUGCAUUGGUCUUGGUAUCCUAUGUGGUGCUGUAGGAUAUCUCGGCUCUUAUUUGUUCGUCGGGAGGAUUUUCAGAAAUAUCAAAUGUGAUUAAGUGCAUAGCACUUCACAAGAGAGGUUACUCUUUGAGUUUACCAUGUUGAGUUCUAUAAAAAAUUGAUCACGAUCUUUGAUAGGGACUUCUACUCAGACUUCCAAAGCCAGUUUUUCAUUAUUUUUAGCACUAAAUCAAGACGUAUAUUCAUGGAAAUAUUGAUCACAAACUGUGAAUGAAUUUUAGAUGAAGCUAUAAAUUACAUGGAGCAGAACUAGCAUUGUAUCUUUGGAUGCAUUGACAAUCAAAUUUCAUGAAGCUAUAUAUUACAUGGAUAACUUUAAAGACCA